AUGAAUAUUAAACUAGAAAAGAAACAAAGGUAUAAAUCGGUGAAUUCAGAGGAAAGAUUGAAAAUAAUCAAAUAUUUUCUAGAGGGUUCCCUAUCUGCUUCUCAAGUAUAAUUUUGAUCUAAAUUAAUAGAUUGCUUAGGUAACAGGUCAUAAUCUGUCAACUAUAAAAGCUAUAUUUCGUAUUUAUAGAAAUGAAGGAAGAAUAAAUAAAAAAUAAAAAAGGGACCGAGAGCUUCAUAUCUAAAAAAAUGUAGCAGUUUUCGUAGUGGAUGAGAAGUACUUACAAUAUUAAUUGUUUAUUAGGAAAAGAUCUUUGAACUUAAUUCUAAAAUAACAAACGAAGCAAGAAGUAAUAUUAAGAAGUCAUGAUCAAUUUUAUGAAUAAUAAAAUGAUAUAGUCAAUGAAACAAUAUAAUAGUCUGUGAACGAAGUCAUAAACAAUAUGAACAGUUAUCAAUCAAAACAGAAUUUUGACUAAGCUUUAAAAAUUAUGUUAAAAGAUGGGUUUAAUGGUGAUGAUUUUAUCAAUAUAUCAACCAUGGUUAAUUAAUAGUCCAAUACGUAUUCAUAGAUUAAUGGGUCGGCUAUUUCAAAUUUAUUUAAAAAUAAACAACAAUAGCCUUCUUAAAAAAUAGAAAUAAUCACACCCAAAAAGAUUUGGCCCAAAAAAAAUCAGGAAUUGAAUGAUCUUAAACGAGUUUUUCAAUAAUAAUUAGAAGAAUAUCUAGGAAAAUCUCAUUCUGACAAUUUAAAAUGA